AAUAAGAAACAAGGAAACUGGCAGCCAAAGGAAAACAAGAUGCCCUCUGUACGUGUGACGUGUCUCUCAUAAAAUUCAAGAAGAAGAAGCGUCAAGUCUCGAGUGACAGGUGACCUGUAUUUACUAUUUCAUAGGACUGCAAGUAAUUUGCCUUAGCUAUGACCAAGUUAACACAGUGGUUGACUGGAGCUUUCUUGAUCCUGGGACCAUGGGCAGCAGCUGUUUUUAGAAUUGUACAAAAUGAAUUCACUGACAAAUAUUAUCUUGGAAUUCUCCUGUUCCCUGUGGUGUUAGUUGCUAUAUUUGGCAUUGUAUCUGUAGCCAUCAUUGCAUACAGAGUGUACAACUUCAAUGACUGUAAUGAAGCAGCUGAAGAACUUCAAAGCCAGAUAAAGGAAGCAAAAUUAGAUCUUGCCAAGAAAGGAUUAAAAGUAGACUGACUUCAUCUGCUUAUCAAGUUUGAUGUAACGUUCCAUCUUUGUAACUUUUGUCCUGUUAAGUAGUGAAUAGGUUAUAGCCUUUUUUAUAUAUAUUUAUUUUAGAGAUGUACUAACUGUGCUUGUGUAAUGUAAAAUUGCUGUUAAAACUCCAUUUUUGUACUUGACAUUUUAUAAUUAAAGAAAUAGUAAUAAAAUAGUUUUUGUAACUGUAGUAAAAUAGUUUUUGUAA